AUGAGACUCGUCGAGUCCGUCGAGCGUGUUAUGUGCAGUUCGCUUCCUGUGCACUCGAAUAAUGCGCCGCGCAGGGAAUAUAAGGAGACCAGUUUCACAGAUCCGCCGUCCACCACGUGUAAUGCGGCGGCGUCCAAUUAUUCAUUGGCGAACACUGGAGUCGACGGAGACGGCGACGGAGGGAAGAGCUUCAUCAUGGAUUUGAACAUGUAUGCCACGAGGAAAACGGUUGCACAAGGUAUGAUGGACAUCGCUCUAUUGGCCGCCAACGCUUCGCAGCUCAAGGCUGUGCUCCAGCAAAGUCCCCAAUAUGGACCAAGACCUCCGUGGAAUGCUGCAUGCCUUGCUUUCCUCGGACUCUCGAUGGCGCUCCAAAUGAUUCUAGGUGGUCUUCUGGUCACCGUAGCUCGCUGGAAUCUCAACUGUCCUUGGGAGCAGCGGCGGGCGGACGUUGUGAACAAUAUAAUUGUCGUCGCUGUGUUUCUACUCACCAUUGUCAAUGUGCUCCUAGCUGCCUUCGGACCUUCAGACCCUACGAUACCUUUUGACAACAGAUACGGUCCUAUGCCUCCUGAUAGAGUUAAAUUCAAUGAUAGCAUGUAA